ACUUUUUUCCAAGCUUCGUUGCCCCUCCGCCUGCUCGUUCCCACCGCGUCCAUUAUCUCGCCCCCUAUACCCAGAGACCGCAUUCGAAUUACGGCAAUGGUGCGGCAUAAGAAAGAUAAAUUCUCAUCGCGGGGAAGGCCUCACCAUGGCCCACCCCGGAACCGACCGCCUCGCAACGACGACGAAUCCGGAGCGGCUCCCAACUCGUCACGCCCUGACUUCAAGGCAGCUUGCUGGGACCUCGGACACUGCGAUCCCAAGCGCUGCUCCGGAAAGAGGCUUAUUCGCCUGGGGAUGAUGCGCGACCUGCACAUGGGCCAGCGCUUCAACGGCGUCAUCAUUACUCCCAACGGAAAACAGGUCGUGUCGCCGGCGGACAGUGAACUGUUGGAGGACUACGGCGCCGCAGUGGUCGAGUGUAGCUGGGCGCGCACAAAGGAGAUACAAUGGAGCAAAGUCGGCGGCAAGUGCGAGCGACUUCUCCCUUAUCUAGUCGCGGCCAACACGGUCAACUACGGAAAGCCGUGGCGGCUCAACUGCGCCGAGGCCUUGGCCGCCGCCUUCUACAUCUGCGGAAAGAAGGACUGGGCCGAGCAAGUCCUGGCACCUUUUUCCUACGGCGAGUCCUUCUUGGAGAUCAACGGGUCCCUGCUCAGGAAAUAUGCCGCCUGCGAAGAUGCGCGGGCGGUGAAAAAGGUCGAAGAGGCAUGGAUGGAGAGGCUAGACAAAGAGUAUGCGGAUAGUCGCGGAGAAGGAGAGGAUAUUUGGGAGAGCGGCAACGUCAACCGGAGGAUUUUGGUUCCUUCAGACGACGAAGAGGACGAAGACGACGAAGACGACGGGGAAGACGAUGAAGAAGGUAGGGGAAAGAAACGUGGGGACGAUGAGGAAGACGACGGAAGCGUGGGUGGCAUCUACUUGGGCGAGAACAAGCCUAAUCAGGGCAAUGCCAAAUCCGGUAGUGUUGAUACCGGCGGCGACGAGGAGGAAGAGAAGAGGGACCGUUACGUUCUGUCCGAUGACGAUAGCGACGAGGACGCUGCCAUGGAGGAGAUACGGCGAAAAGUUCUUGCGUCCAAGACCUUUCGGAAUCCCCAGGGCUCCGACAAGAAGAAACCCGAGGUCGUCCCGAAGCCGCAACAGUUCAAAGCGGACUCCGACAUCGAGCCGGACAGCGACAACGGGGAGGAUGACGAGGAGUUUGACAACAUUAUCGACGCUACUCCUGUAACAGACAGGAUAGGUCUGGCCAAGUUGGAAAAGGAGAGAUCACGGGCGACAGUGACGAGCAGAACGUAUUCUUCCAAUGUGAUAGAUGCGCCGAAGAGGUGGUAAGGCUUUAUCUUAGGUAUCCUUGGAAAGGGGAAAAGAAAGAAAAGACCCCGAAAUAGGUGCAUGAUGGAGGCGAUUGAGGCAGAAGAACCUCCUUGAUCGACCAAUGUGUCCUCAUAUUCUCGUCUGUGUCAAGCUUCCCUCAAACGAAGUCAACAACUUCGUAUAAAAUACCAAGGUGUCC